AUGGCGCUGCGUCUGACCAGACCCUUGUACGCACCCCUCUAUUGGAAGAUCGAAGGGCUCAUGUAUCACUGGCUGCUGGCGAUGGUGUCGCUGUGGUCCUGGACCGCCGGAUAUGAGAUUGUCGAGACCGGUGACGAGCCCGCAGCCUGCAGCAACCGCCGGACCCUGGUCCUCGCAAACCAUCAGAGCACGGCGGACGUACCGAUGCUGAUGGCAGCGUGGAACCCGAGACCCGGCGUGCUGUCCAACUUGAUGUGGAUCAUGGACCGCGUCUUCAAGUUCACCAACUUCGGCAUAGUCAGCGUUCUUCACCAGGACUUCUUCAUACAAGCGAGUUUAUUUCCGAUUCACACUGCGAUGCUGUUUCAACGAAUGCCGGAAGAAUGCGACAUCCAAGUGCUCGUACAUUGUUCGGAGAGUCUCAUUAUUAGAGCGACGGCGACGUUCCCAAAAGGAAGCGAUUCUGGAACGAGUUAA